AAAAUUGGGAUAUCGCAUCGUUAUAUUUGUCUCUGGAUAUACUUAUUCGAGCUCUGCAAUAUUAUCUCUAGUCUAUAAUAUUUUAUCAAACAGAAGAAACACUGUUUUUGCUCUAUAUCGAAACCCUCGAUAGUCGUAGAUUGAGAGAGAAAGGGCGAGGGGAAUGACAGCGCCAAAUGUAUGGGGGAUGGGGCACGCGAUUGCAACGGUGCCCCAAUCGAGGCCGUUUUGUUGCUUAGAUUUCUCUGCUAAGAAAUCUACCAAUUUGAGCUUUGUUUUUGGCUGGGGCUACGCUGCUCUUCACGAUAGCUACACUUCCAAGAAUAAGAGAUCUUUUUUCUCUCCAAAUAAGAACCGCAAGAACUCAAACUUCUAUUGCUGCCGUUGCAAUAGCAGUAAUAACAACAACGCUGACAUUAGUGGUAGUGGUGCUGCUGGUGUCAGCUCUUCGUUGGAGUGGGACUGGAAUAGAUGGACCCGUCAUUUUUCUGAGAUUGAACAAGCCCAGAGUUUUGCCUCUGUACUCAAGUUCCAACUUGAAGAUGCAAUUGAAAAGGAAGACUUCCAAGAAGCUGCAAAGUUGAAAAUGGCUAUUGCAGAAGCUACUUCAAAGGAUAGUAUUGCUGAAAUAAUGUCCGAGUUGCAGAAUGCAAUAGGUGAAGAGCGAUACCGUGAUGCUUCAAGAUUGUGUAAACACACUGGCAGUGGAUUGGUAGGUUGGUGGGUGGGCUACUCAACAGAUUCUGAUGAUCCCUUUGGAAGACUAGUACGAAUAACACCUGGAGUGGGCAGAUUUGUUGGCAAGAGUUUCAGUCCGAGGCAGUUGGUCACUGCGUCUCCUGGAACUCCAUUGUUUGAAAUUUUUGUGGUCAAAGAAGCAGAAGAAAGAUAUGUUAUGCAGGUUGUAUAUCUGCAACGAGCUAAAGGAGUUUCAACAAACUCUGCAAGUUCACCUUCUAAAUCUGGUAAAAACCCAUCCAAUUCUGAAGUUGAGAAAGCUUCUGCCAUAGAUGUUCAGCGAAAUGAGGUCAAGGCAGAGAGAACUGACGAGAAGGGUAUAAAUAUCGAGGAAACAACUGAGGAAGGGAUAAAAAGUGUGAUAAAUUUUCUUAAAGAUAAGAUUCCGGGUUUGAAAGUAAAAGUUAUGAACAUCGAUGCCACUGAGGAAGUAAUUGAGGAUAAGGAUUCUGUGAAGCAGGUGAUGCAAGAAGAUGACAAGAAAGCAUCUAGCAAGAAUUCUGAUGAUGAAGCUGAUAAUUUGGAGGAGAUUCAGCCUGAUGGAGUUUCCAUGGAAAGUGGUAAUGAUCCCUCAGAAGAUGGAAAAGAAUUGGACAUGGAGCUUUUUAUCGGUGGAGUUGUACACAAUGAUGAGGACCCUCCUAGAAAGGAUGAGUAUGUGCGUCUUCCAGCUGAAAUUAAUGACAUGGAGAGAGAUUCUUUUGUACUACACAUUCCAGAGAAAAGUCUAGAUUAUAGCAAAGAAAGUAAAGCAUCCCGGGUAAAAGUGGCAGCGAUAGCAGCUAAAGGUGUUUCUGAGUUAAUGCCUACAGAUGUUGCAAAGGCAUUUUGGAGUGCUGAUAAAGUUUCUUCAAAGGUUUCUAGAGGUAUGCGUGAAAUUGUCAAACUUGCUGUUAGCCAAGCCCAGAAGCAAAGCCGUUUAUCUAAGUACACAAAUUUCAAUAGAAUUACUACUUCCAAUAACAAUUUUGAUCCAUUCGAGGGUCUAUAUAUCGGUGCCUUUGGUCCUUUUGGGACUGAGAUAGUACAAUUGAGGCGUAAAUUUGGUCAUUGGAAUGGUUCAGAUGACAAGUCUUCGGAUGUGGAAUUCUUUGAGUAUGUUGAGGCAGUGAAACUAACUGGGGAUCUGAAUGUUCCAGCUGGCCAGGUGACUUUUCGUGCCAAAAUUGGGAAAGCGAGUCGAAAUCCUAACCGUGGAAUGUAUCCAGAUGAAUUAGGAGUGGUUGCAAGUUACAAAGGUCAAGGAAGAAUAGCAGAAGUUGGGUUUCAAAAUCCACAGUGGGUUGAUGGUGAACUCCUUCAACUCAAUGGGAAGGGCAUGGGACCAUAUGUUAAAGGCGCAGAUCUUGGUUUCCUUUACGUCAUCCCUGAACAAAGUUUCCUGGUGCUAUUUAACCGAUUGAAAUUACCAGAAUAGGCUGCUUCUUUGUCCUCAUUCUGAUUUAGCAUGAGAUAAAGCAUGUGAUAAGAUAGUAAGGUGAGUACUUUGUGUAUAUUGUAUUUGAGAAAUGAAGGCAAAUUCAUACAACUUUAUAGGCCUUUGCACUUUACUAUGUUUUUUUUUUUUUUUGAGGGGCAUUUUUCCUUGUAUGCCUUUCAUAUUUAAAUUCUUUUUUCUCAUGUUGUAAACCUUCUUUAUUAACAAAAAAUAGGGCGACCGCUAUUUGUAGUGCAAUUUGAGGGGGUAUUUUAACUAGCAGUUUUUGGAGGUUA